GAUGCAUGUCUUGCCUCCCUUUGGCAUUGAGGAGGAUCUUGACAGUCUGAGAGUAGCUGUCAGUUUGUCACAAGUUUGCCUUUUUCAAGAAGCCCCUCUGAAUACAGGAAGGCAGGAAAGAAUCCUCUGAGAAUGUCGAGCUCACUGGUUGUGUGUGAAGUGGAUGAAAGUCUGAAAGAAAAACUGAAAAAGUUAAGAUUUCGAAAAGAGACCAGCAAUGCUGCCAUACUGAUGAAAAUAGACAUGGUGAAACAGCAUGUUAUCCUUGAAGAGGAAUAUGAGGACAUCUCGCUGGAGGACUUGAGAAAUGAACUUCCAGAGCGGCAACCCAGAUUCAUCGUCUACAGCUACAAAUAUGUCCAUGCUGAUGGGAGGGUGUCUUACCCUCUGUGUUUCAUCUUCUCUAGUCCAAUGGGAUGUAAGCCAGAGCAGCAGAUGAUGUAUGCAGGCAGCAAGAAUCGACUGGUCCAAGUUGCAGAGCUGACAAAGGUCUUUGAAACAAGAAAUGCUGAUGACUUGACAGAAGAAUGGCUGAAGAACCAGCUGUCAUUUUUUAACUAAAUUUGGAUCUCCAAUACUUUUUAUUUUGGUUGAAACAUGACCAAUGCCCAUGGAUUUCAAUUAUUUAUUGUCAUCAAUCUUUUUAGACAUGAACAAUGCCCUUUUUUUCCCCAAUACUCUGAAUAAAGCAUCAAGUAAACUGA